UGCCCGGUUAAUUUUCUCAUCGUCAUUUGGCACUAAAUUUCCUUGGCAGUCGGAUCGGUGUGUCGGCGGAAUGUCAAGGAUCGCGAUCCUCUUGUUCGUUGCGCUGCUCGUCGCAGUUGCAGCCGGGCUACCGUUGACCGCAACGCAAUUGCAAGAUCAUCAAAGGAUAGUCAGAGAGGCUGCACCGCAACCCGCUCGUCUUAAACGUGGUUACGGUGGCUACGGCGGUGGUUUCGGCGGUGGCUUCGGCGGCGGAUUUGGCGGUGGUUUACACGGACACGGUCAUCAUCACGGGGGUUAUGGACAUGGAGGUUACGGGCAUGGAGGUUACGGGCAUGGAGGUUACGGACAUGGAGGUUACAGAGGAUGUCCAGGAUGCGGAGGAGGAUCACACUAUCCUGGAUCCUUCGCUAAUAGCGGAGCAAGUGCCGGUUCAAUAAGCACGCCGUUCGGCAGCGGUUCGUUCGCGCACUCGUCUGCUAAUGCUGGUGGAUUCGGACGAUAAAGGACUUAAAGGAAUGACUACAUUGUCAUUGAAAAUGGACUUGUAUGUGACAAUAAAUUAAUUGUGCAUUUAUUAUACCUAUGUAUAAAUAUUCAUUUUUAUGCGGAAUAAAUUUAUUUAAAUAA